UCAGGUUGUUCGGCUCGCGUCAGUCUGCACACAGACCUGCAGCACGCCGUGCCAGUGUGUCUGCGCUCUGUCUCCGCAGCCCGAAGCUUCAGAAAGCGACUAACCAGCCGAAGCUGUCAGAAUCCGUCGUUGUGUGCAGAGUGGACAAUUAGCAGAGGUGCGGGUUGCCUAACCAACCAGGGCUGACCAUGUCGUCUGCCGACAGGCGACGGGACCACCACCGUGUAUGCUGGUGCUUUGUGUUAAUAAGUUUGUUGUUCGCCUUGACGACCUCCGUCGGUCACGUUGACGGCACCGACCUGAAUGUCUUCCCUUUCGUGCAAUACGUGUCACAUCCUGUACAUAUCACCGUGCGUCCUCGCAACCAGCAAGUAAAAGCGGGUGGCGUGGCGUCGCUACUAUGUCGCGCCGAGGGCGACCCUGCGCCGCAGGUCAUUUGGCGCAAAAACACCAAGCGGCUGGUCGGCCCCCUGCCCGCAAGGUACCAAGUCAUCGAGUUCCCUCCACCUGGAGGCGGCGCCCUGCUCAGAAUCGAGCCAGUGCGCGCCGGAAGGGACGAGGCCACCUACGAGUGCGUUGCCAUGAACGACGUUGGCGACGCCGUCACCGCCGAAGCCGUCCUCUCCGUUUAUGAAUUUGAAAAAGCUCCAGAUGGCUUUCCUAGGAUUGUCCAGGCACCUACAACAAAGGUGGUCGAGGUGGGUCACACGGCUGUGCUGCAGUGUGAGGUCGGAGGAGACCCAGAGCCCAGGGUAUAUUGGAUCAAAGACUUCGUCCCCAUAGACAUGGCUGACCAGAGGUUCACCAUUUUGCCGCAAGGAAGUCUGCAGGUUAGCAACAGCCAGGAGGCUGAUCAGGGCAAAUACGAAUGCGUGGCGGAGAAUGAACUUGGUACCGAAUACUCCCACGCCAUCAUGCUCUAUGUCAAGGUGCGUCGAGUGCCUCCGCAAUUCACGAUCCCGCCGCCGACGGUGCUGGAGGUGCUUUUAGGCGGCAACCUGAACAUCACCUGCGUGGCCGUGGGCUCGCCAAUGCCCUCAGUGCAGUGGCGCAAAACCAACAACCCCGACGUGUUCAUUACUGGACCUGCUAGCCACAGCACGACGUCGACCACACCUGCGCAGGACCUCACUUUCCAGGGUAAUGAUGACAGGUCGCCGCUGCCCAUCGGCCGGAGUGUUUUGGAGCUGGAGGAUGUCAGGGAAACGGACAACUUUACAUGCGUGGCCAAGAGCCCGCUGGCCACAAUCGAAGCUACCACCACUGUCAAAGUUUUGUCGCUGCCAGUGGCACCGAUUUCCCUCAUGGUGUCUGAGGUGGGCGCGACGUCAGCCCGGCUGAGCUGGUCGUAUCCCAAAGAGGACGAACCCAACUAUUUUGUGCUGCAAUACAGACCGACCACAAUGACAAAUCAAGCUUUCUCGGAAAUCAGCGGCAUCAUCACCAAGUUCUAUACCGUGCGAGGCCUUACACCAUUCACGCAGUACGAGUUCCACGUCUCUGCUAUCAAUAAUAUCGGUCGCGGCCCGGCCAGCAUCGCGGUCACCGCCAACACAGGCGAGACAGUCGAUUCACUCCAAGGGAACGCAAAAGGUGGUUCGGUGCCGAAAAACGUGCAGGUGCGCCCUCUCAGCUCGAGCACAAUGGUGAUCCAGUGGGAAGAGCCGGAGUCGCCGAAUGCGCAAAUAACGGGCUACAAAGUUUAUUACACUGAAUCGCCGAAUUUGCCUUUGAGCCAGUGGCGCUCGCAGGUGGUGGAUAACAACCAGCUGACCACUAUUAGUGAACUCACCCCUCACAGCAUUUACACGAUUCGCGUGCAGACACUUACAAACGUUGGCCCCGGGCAUCUGUCGCCAGCCGUGUUGGUCAAAACUCAACAGGGAGUGCCGUCACAGCCCGACAGUCUGGACGCCAGCGAAAUUGGUGAAAACUCAGUAAAAUUGCAGUGGAGCAAACCAAUCAUCGCUGGGGAGCACCUGACUGGGUACGAUCUCUACUGGAACGACACCUACACCAAGGAGCGGCACCAUCGGCGUCUUCCAGUCUCAGACAGCUAUGAACUAACAGGCUUGGUACCUGACACCGUGUACCACGUGUCUCUAGCCGCGAGGUCUCAACGGGGAGAGGGAGCGACGACGAGCCCCUUGGUGGUCAAAACACAGCCUUAUGCCGUGGUGACGGCGGCCGCGGUGAACCUGACCGUCGUGAACGCCGAGGCACGGAAGCUGCACCUGCGGUGGGGAGCCGCCGCGUCGCCGGCCGGCGUUGUCUACCGCGUGCUGGCCCGCGAAUCCGACUCAGACACCACCGAGGUGGUCACGCACACCUCCGGCAAGGAGGCCAUCAUCCAGGGUCUGCAGCCAGGUACCACUUACGUGGUCACGGUCACGGCCACCCUGAACGGCAGGAUCGGCAAGGCGUCCGACCCUAUCAGGGCCACCACCUUCGACGACGCUUACCAGACGGGCAAACUCUACAUGCCAGGACCUCCGCAGGGCGUCAAGGUGCUCCCUGUUAACAUUUCCUGUCUACAAGUUUGGUGGCGCCCGCCGCUAGACACGGAAAAACGAGAUUUGAUCAGAGCAUACAAGAUAACGGUCAAGGAAGUGCCGCUUGAGAUUGUCGCAACCCAACAGGGACAAGAGAACUUGUUUCUGGAGCCACUGACAUUCGAGGUGCCGAGCUCAAAGUUGGAGCUGACUUCCGGUGGUGGCGAGUUGAAUGUGACGGGUCUGCAGCCCAGCACCGAGUACUCUGUGCAGGUGUCUGCGCUGACGAGACGCGGCGAGGGUGAAAAGAGCAAGCCGGUGAUGGGCACCACUCCCGGCGGGGUGCCCAACAAGCCUACGCUCGAGAUUAGGUUGCUGGACGAGGGCGAAGGGCUCGGGGUCGGCGUCGAGCUCGAGUGGUCAAAGCCAAGCAACCCCCACGGCGAACUGCUUGGCUAUAGACUACGAUACGGUGCCCGCCAGGACGACCAACACGAGGGCGGUCAACCAAUGCUUUACACCGACGAGGAUAUUGUUGGCGCACACACCUUGCAGCACCGCGUCCAGGGCUUGGAGCACGGCACUAUGUAUGAAUUCCGUCUCGCGGGCGUGACGGCGGCUGGCGUGGGCCAAGAGGCGGUGGAGCGUCUCCCGACCCCAGAAGGAGCCCCAGCGGGCCCACCCACGAAUCUGAGCGUCGACUUCCAGACACCGGACGUGGUCGCCCUAACUUGGUCACCACCGAUGGCCAACCUGCGCCGUGGAAGGGUGCUCAGGUACACGGCCCAGUUGUACAAGGUUGAGGACCACUCGGCACCCGUUGGCGAGCGAAAUGUCACCCUACCCAAAGCUGUGUUUGUUGGACUCGAAGAGAACACUGAAUAUUCAUUUCAGAUAAGGGCCUUCACAGUAAGAGGAGCCGGUCCACCCAGCGAAAAGCUGCUCGUGAAAACAGACAGAGACGCUGUGAGAGCUCCGCUUUCGGUCAACGCACUCGCCACCUCAGAUGCAAGCGUUGAGGUGUGGUGGGAACCGGUUCCGAGUCGAAACAAGGUCAUUGGAUAUCAGGUGUUUUACACGAUGACUGCGGUGGAAGACUUGGAUGAGUGGCAGCACAAAUCAGUGCCAGUCACCGAAUCGGCCGAGCUGACAAACUUGGAGAAGUUUGCGCAAUACGCUGUGGCCGUGGCGGCGAGAACCAGAACCGGACUUGGAAAGUUGUCGGAGAAAGUGACUGUCAAAGUGAAACCCGAGGAUGUGCCGCUGAAUUUGCGCGCGCACGAUGUCAGCACACACAGCAUGACGCUCUCAUGGUCGCCGCCUAUCAGACUCAAUCCUCAAAAUUACAGGGUGUCUUACGAUGCUUCAAAGGAGUUUGUCGACUCGCAAGGCAUUACGCAGGUGCAACUGGUGCCGCGGCGGAGCAUCGUGCUCGAGUCUUCUGCCCGCUCGCACACAAUCAACGAACUGUCCCCGUUUACUACAUACAACGUCAAUUUGAGCGCGAUUCCCGCCGACGGCGCCUACCGCCCACCGAUCAGAAUAACAGUGACCACCCAAAUGGCCGCGCCGCAGCCAAUGGUAAAGCCAGAUUUUUACGGCGUUGUCAGCGGAGAGGAAAUUCAAGUCAUUCUUCCACAAGCGUCCGAGGAGUACGGACCCAUUAGCCAUUAUUUCCUGAUCGUGGUGCCCGACGACCCUGAAAACGCCUAUAAACACCCCGACCAGUUUCUCACAGAUGAGGUGAUAGGAAACUCGAUGAAGCCAAGCGAGUUCCGGCCGUACGCGCCUUAUGUGGCUGCCAAAUUUCCCCAGAGAAACAUUCCUUACACGUUCCACCUCGGUAAUAGCGCCGCUUAUGAUGGAUUUGUGAACAAACCGCUGGAAAGAGGCAAGAAGUACAGAAUCUUCGUCAGAGCAGUCGUUGACACGCCGCAGAAGCACUUGUACACGUCGAGCCCAUUUUCCGAGCCGCUCGCCCUGGACAUGCGGGAGGUGCCACCCGGCGAGCCUCCGCGCCGACCGAAUCCUAAUGUGCCAGCCGAGACUUCCGCCGACGUCUCUGUCAACCGCAGCCUCGAGGAAGCCGGCCUCCUCUGGAUCAUCGGCCCCGUCGUGGCAGCUGCCUUUCUCUCGCUCUGCCUUCUAUCUCUGCUGCUCAUGCGAAGCAGACGGCGGCAACCGUCAAAGCAGCACGACCAGUCGGCAGCCAGCCGGCCAUUGAUGGCAAGUAACUCAGAGCACAAUUCGGCGCCAGUGGCACCAUGCAGCAUGAACGGCGCUCGCGAGGCCCAGAGUAACGGCCAGCAGCCGUGUCCACCAACGCCAAACGAUCCCGUCCAACUGCGCCGGCUGCACUUUAAAACGGCGGCCAUGGCGGCCCAUCCACCAGUGCCCAUGGCCCAACUCGCGCAGCACAUAGAAAGCCUCCGCUCUGAAGACAACGUCAGGUUCUCCCAGGAAUAUGAGAGUAUUGAGCCUGGUCAGCAGUUCACGUGGGACCACUCAAGUUUGGAGGUGAACAAGCCAAAGAACAGAUACGCCAAUGUCAUUGCCUAUGACCACUCGCGGGUCGUGCUGCAGUUGGAAAACGGCGAGCAGGGCAGCGACUACAUCAACGCAAACUUCUGCGAUGGAUACCGAAAGCACAACGCAUACAUUUCAACACAGGGUCCUCUGCAUGAAACAUUUGGUGACUUUUGGCGCAUGGUUUGGGAGCAAAAAAGUGCAAGUAUUGUAAUGAUGACUCGACUGGAAGAGAGAGCGAGAAUAAAAUGCGACCAAUACUGGCCUACAAGGAGCACAGAAACUUACGGACCAGUAACAGUCAACACUAUUGAAGUCCAAGAACUGGCUACUUACAGCAUACGCACUUUCCACGCUACAAGGGCCGGAUCGUCGGAAAAAAGAGAAGUCCGCCAAUUCCAGUUCACCGCGUGGCCAGACCAUGGGGUUCCCGAACACCCAGCCCCAUUCCUCGUGUUCCUUCGCAGAAUCAAAAGUUUGAAUCCACAAGGCGCUGGACCUAUCAUAGUUCAUUGCAGCGCCGGUGUGGGCCGAACGGGAUGUUUUAUCGUGAUUGACUCGAUGCUUGAGAGAAUGAAGACUGAAGCCACCAUCGACAUAUACGGCCACGUGACGUGCCUGCGGGCGCAGAGAAACUACAUGGUACAGACAGAGGAGCAGUACAUCUUUAUCCAUGAAGCGCUGCUUGAGGCUGCCGUCUGCGGCUCCACAGAGGUCACCGCGCGUAACCUACACACGCACCUUGCCACCAUUAGUCAGCUCAUCCCAGGAGAUAACCUUACCAAACUCCAGCUUGAAUUUAAGGCUCUGAGUCAGUCGUCAUUUUGCGGCAACUCUGAGCGAUUCUCGUCAGCCAGCCUGCCAAUCAACGCAAAUAAGAACCGACUGAUGCACGUGUUGCCGUACGAAAACACCAGGGUGUGUUUGAGCCCAAUUCGUGGUUCGGACGGCUCAGACUAUAUCAACGCCAGUCUGGUCGAUGGCUAUCGCUACAGAGCGGCUUAUGUGGCCACGCAGGGCCCGUUGCCCAACACCGCCGCUGACUUCUGGCGAAUGCUCUGGGAGUACAACUCAACCAUCGUCGUCAUGCUCACUAAGCUCAAAGAAAUGGGCAGGGAAAAGUGUCACCAAUAUUGGCCGAGUGAUCGGUCUGUGCGCUACCUCAAUUAUGUGGUUGACCCUUUGGCUGAGUACAACAUGCCUCAGUAUAUUCUCAGAGAGUUCAAGGUGACGGAUUCAAGGGAUGGACAAUCACGCACAGUCAGACAGUUCCAGUUCAUAGAAUGGCCUGAGCAAGGCGUGCCAAAGUCGGGCGAGGGCUUCAUCGAGUUUAUAGGGCAAGUUCACAAGACCAAGGAGCAGUUUGGUCAAGAAGGCCCGAUCACUGUGCACUGCAGUGGAGGCGUUGGACGGACUGGCGUUUUCAUCACCCUCAGUAUAGUUUUAGAAAGAAUGCAAUAUGAAGGAAUGGUUGACCUUUUGCAGACUGUCCGAAUUCUCCGCACACAGAGACCAGCCAUGGUUCAAACCGAGGAGCAGUACGAAUUCUGCUACAGAUCCGCUCUUGAGUACUUGGGCUCAUUUGAGUAUGCUGCCUGACAAGAACUGGCCGCCGAACUAAAGUUGUGGUAAAUCAUGUGCGCAACAAAUCGUCUUUAUGAGCCAUGUUGGUUCGCAUUUAUAUGAGAUGUGAUAAUAGUUAAGAGAACAUAAUAUAUUAUGCGAAGAGUGAGGGUCAAGCAAAAUGUGGAAAUACUCAUGAGUGUUGUUACUCUCUAAUGUUUUUGCCAGUCUGAAUGUGAGUGAAAAGUCAACAGCUUUUUCUAUCUUGAUCCUGCCUGAAUCUUGUGUUUGUAUCAAAAGUUUGGUGUUGCAAAAUUCAUAUGUCUGAAUGUGAUUUAGAAUGGAAAACAUGUCACACAGUCCAUAAAUAAUAUCAUGGUGUAACAAGGAGGGAAUAUAAUAAAAAGUUUUAAA